UAACCUUAUGACGUAAUUUUAUGGGUAAUAUGGUCGAUGAACAAAUAAACUUUUAAGUACGACAAUCGUUACAUCAAGGAAUAUUAUCAAUUCACUUCCAAUGUAAUCGAAUGUCAAUAUGACAUUGCAAAUUUGUAAUAACAUCACGUAAACUGUGUGAGACGUUCAAACCAGAAAAAUUACACAACCGGCGGUAAAUGACAGCCACGAACACCCAACAUAUAUAAUCCCCAGGCUCUCAAGAGUCAAGACUCAAACUUUCCGCACAAAUCUGCACAGAGAUUCAAUGUCAGACCCAAAAGCAAAACCCAGAGUGGUGUCCUGCAUCGGCGACACCCAUGGCUUCCACACCAAGCUCCAGAAUCUCUGGUCCAAUCUCCAAUCCGCCAUCGACCCAUCAGAUUUCUCCACCGCCCUCAUCAUUUUCCUCGGGGAUUACUGCGACCGCGGCCCGGACACCAGGAAAGUCAUCGACUUUCUCAGCUCCCUUCCCACCAGAUAUCCGAAUCAGAAGCACUUCUUCCUCUCCGGUAACCACGACCUGGCCAUCGCCGCCUUCGUGGGCGUCCUGCCGCCGCCUCCCGACGGGUCGGAGUUUUCCGAGGUGUGGAAGGAGUAUGCGGAUAGCGAGGAGAGAGAAGGUUGGUUUAAGGGAGAUGGGUACGAGAGAAUGCACUUGCAGGGCAGGAGAUGGGGUGGGAAGAUCAAGGCCAAGUUUAAUGCAGCAAAAGGGGCGGAGUACAAAGGGUCGAUUUAUGAUGCUGGGCCCACAUUUGAAUCCUAUGGGGUCCCACAUGGUUCUGCUGAUUUGGUUAAGGCUAUUCCUGACAAACACAAGAGGUUUCUUUCUGAUAUGGUUUGGGUCCAUGAAGAGGAUAAUGUCUGCAUAGAGACUGCAGAUCGAAUCAAACACUGUAGAUUGAUUGUUGUGCAUGCUGGUUUAGAGAAAGAUAAAGAUGUCAAGCAGCAGUUGGCGUUUUUGAAAGCCAAAGACACCCGGGUGCCUAAGAUAGAGGCUCUGAGUGGGAGGAAAAAUGUAUGGGAUAUACCAAAGGAAAUGGCUUUCCACCUCUUAAUAUCAGCAAUCCUUUCUACUGAAACGUUCGUUGUUUAUUGUCCGAUGAUUUUUGUAUUUCUUAUGUUCGUUAGUUCUCAAUAAAGACUUCAUCUUUUGUGGGUUAACUGAGAUUUGAUAUACAACAUACAAUGAAAUGCAACUGGAAUCAAUAGAUAUUCGGUGUUGUGGUCCUGAUAGUAACUGACAGAGAAACCAACUAUUGUCGUAAGUGGUCAUCACGCGAAACUUAACAUUGAAGGCCUCAAACUGACCAUUGAUGAAGGUGGUGGUAUGGCCGAAAGACCAGUGGCUGCAGUUGUGCUCCCCUCUAUGAAAAUAGUCCUCGAUACAGAUGCGUUGACAAACUAGUUUCAAAUCUGGGGUACAUACUUACAUUGUCAUAUACUAUACUUAUAAUAAAGUAUCUAUUUGAUAGCAAAAUUUGGUAAAAGCGCAUAAACAACGGAUGAAUUGGAUCCUAUGAGCUAGUGUAGAACUGUAGAGCUGAUAAAUUGUUCAGGUGCAUCAAUUGUAAUGAUAUAAUUUGUUUGAAGU